AUGCGCCGUGAGCAUGUGAAGCGGCCGAUGAACGCGUUCAUGGUGUUCGCGCAGGCGAUGCGAAGGCGCCUCUCCGAGCAACGGCCCUCACUGCACAACGCCGAACUGAGCAAAUCUUUAGGGUCGAUGUGGAAAAGCUUGAGCGAAGGACAGAAGUUGCCGUUCGUGAAAGAGGCGGAGAAGCUGCGAACCCAGCACAAAAGGGAGUACCCGGAUUACAAGUACCAGCCGCGACGUCGCAAACCGCCACCCGCCGCUUCUUCAGCGGCGAGGCUGAAACGGGAGCCUUCCCCCGAACGGGCGCAGAUAGACUUCUCGCGAAUAGAGGUAGACGAAGCGCUGCUAGUUGACGGACCUCCCGACGGGGCCGAACUGGACCAGUACUUGAAGCCAACGACGGUGCCCGAUUACCACGAGAUGCAGCCGCGCUACCCCACGCACAACCUGACGCACCACGGGCCCGCUCUGUACGCGCCGGUACCUUCGCAUUUGCACCCGCCAUGCGCGGACUGGCAACACUAUGCGAGCCUAUCG